AUGAAGGUUGCGCUGGACCUGAUCCCGCCUUUCUGGUUCGGCGUCGCCCGUAUGGCCUUGGGUGCCGCCACACUGUUCGCCGUCCUGCUCUGGCGUGGCGAACUGAGAUUGCCGGACCGCCGCGACCUGCCGGUUAUCGUUAGCGUCGGUCUGCUACAGAUGGCCUUGUUCCUCGCGUGCAUCAACACCGGCCUACAGGUCGUCGAGGCCGGCCGCUCCGCUUUGCUGGUUUACACGACCCCUUUAUGGGUCACACCGGUCGCCAUGGUUGUGUUCGGCGAGCGGAUGGGUCCACUCAAGAUGCUCGGCUGGCUGCUUGGUCUCGGCGGGCUGGCCGUGCUGUUCAAUCCCUUCGGCUUCGACUGGCAGGAUGCCGAGGUCCUGCUCGGAAACGGCCUGUUGCUGCUCGGGGCUUUAGCCUGGGCCGUUGCCCUGCUGCAUGUCCGCGGCCACAGCUGGCACCUGUCGCCGCUUCAGCUCGCGCCCUGGCAGAUGCUGCUCGCUCUCCCGCCACUGCUGGCCGUUGCGUUCGUCACCGAACCGCUGCAGUCCAUCGAGCCGAGCUGGGAGUUGGCAGCCGUGUUGUUCUACAAUGGUCCCAUCGCUACGGCCUUUUGCUUCUGGGCAGCGCUAACGGUCACCCGCAGCCUACCGGCGAUCACCAGCUCGCUCGGCUUUCUCGGGGUCCCCAUGGUCGGCGUAGCUGCGGCCACGCUUUGGCUGAACGAACCCGUCACCGCGACGCUAGCCCUGGGGUUGCUGCUGAUCCUGGCGGGUUUGACGGUCGUCAAUCUGUCGGAACGGCGUAGGCCCGAAGCCGCGCCGGCGGAGCCUGCCUCCGGCUUGCUUCGCUCCCGGCCAGUUCCCAUACUCAGCCUCAUCAUGGAGCAAUCCGCAUCCCAACAGCCGCAGCGGUCCGAGGAAGCGCCCGGAGCGGCCGCCUCGACAGGGGCCGCCAGCGCAGGACGGAUCUGCGAUCAUCCGGGUUGCCCGGAGGCGGGAACGCACCGGGCGCCGCGCGACCGCAGCCAGCCGGGGGUGUUCUACUGGUUCUGCCUUGAGCACGUCCGCGCCUACAAUCAGUCAUGGGACUGGUUCGCCGGCAUGAGCGAGACGGAAAUCGAGGCACAGCGCCGGCGCGAUCAGAUAUGGGAUCGCCCGACCUGGUCGUUCGCCGGGGGCGAUCCGACCGAGGACCUGCAGGAUCCCUUCGGUCUCUUCGCCGAGGAGCGGGAGGAGACCCGCAGACGCCGGGCAGAACGCCGGCGGCGCGCCCGCAGCGAGGAAGAACUGGCGCUGGCGGAGCUGGAUCUAAGCGCACCGGCCACCCUGGCCGAAGUCAAAAUCCGCUACAAGUUUCUAGUCAAGCAGCUGCAUCCCGACUCCAAUGGCGGCGAUCCGGCGGCGGAAGACCGCCUGAAAAGCGUCAAUCAGGCCUACGCGACGCUGAAGACCCUUUACAUGCCAGCCGGCGGCCCCGACAUCACCAUCUCGGUGCGUCAGACCUUCGGGAUCGACAGCGAACUGCAGGUGCCGGCCUUCAGUCAGGCCAGCGACUACGUGCCCGAUCUGGAUGAAGCCUACCGCUUCGACCGGGACACCACACUCGCGAUCCUCGCCGGCUUCGCCUACAACCGGCGAGUCAUGGUCCAAGGCUACCACGGCACCGGAAAGUCGACCCACAUCGAACAGGUCGCGGCACGUCUCAAUUGGCCUUGCAUCCGGAUCAACCUGGAUAGCCAUGUCAGCCGGAUCGACCUGAUCGGCAAGGACGCGAUCGUUCUGCGCGAUGGCCAGCAGGUGACCGAGUUCCGCGAAGGCCUCCUGCCCUGGGCCCUGCAAAACCCCUGCGCGCUGGUCUUCGACGAAUACGACGCGGGACGUGCCGACGUCAUGUUCGUGAUCCAGCGCGUCCUGGAAGUCGAGGGCAAGCUGACGCUGCUGGAUCAGAACAAGGUGAUCCGGCCGCAUGCAGCCUUCCGCCUGUUCGCCACGGCGAACACCGUCGGGCUGGGCGACACCACCGGGCUCUAUCACGGCACUCAGCAGAUCAACCAGGGUCAGAUGGACCGCUGGAAUAUCGUCGCGACCCUCAACUACCUGGACUACGACGAAGAGGUCGACAUCGUGCUGGCGAAGGCCACCAGCUACGACAGCGAAGAGGGUCGCAAGACCAUCGCGGCCAUGGUCGCGCUGGCCGACCUCACCCGCAGCGGCUUCAUCAACGGCGACAUCUCGACCGUCAUGAGCCCCCGUACCGUCAUCACCUGGGCAGAGAAUGCGGAAAUCUUCGACGACGUCGGCUUCGCCUUCCGCAUCACCUUCCUGAACAAGUGCGACGAGAUCGAGCGACCCAUCGUGGCCGAGUACUACCAGCGCUGCUUCGGCAGCGAUCUGCCUGACAGCGGCGUCAAGGCGACGCUGGUCUAG